AUGCACAAUUGUUGCCCAUUGAACCUUCAUUUGCACCAGCAAUCCUGCAGCUUAGAGGGAGUUCUGCGGUUUCAUACAAAAAAUCAACAACUAACCUCCUUCAAGGUGUGGGCGAUUUAUGACCGAAGCCGCAGGGUACUCUCUUGGAUGAUUGUCCUGAGUAUAAUCGAGGUCGCAGCGAUGGCGCUUCUCAUUGUCUUGACAAUCGCCCGCGUGGAAAAAUUUCCGGUAGUUUCUACUCCAGCGGGGUGUCUUUUUGAGGGUAUUGCCCCUCUCUCUGCGAUCUUUUGGACGCCAGCGCUGGUCAUUGAACCUAUCAUUUGCAUUCUCGUCCUCAAGAAAGUUUUUAUGGACCGACACCAACGCAGUGAACUUGCAAUGUUCCUGGCUCGCGAUAGUUUAUUAUACUUUCUCAUAAUAUUCAUGGAGCUCGUCGCGUCAACCAUUGUCUGGGCACGGUUUCCCUUGUAUAUCGACCUUUUCAUGCCAUGGUCUGUCGCUUUGCCGUCCUUGCUCUGCAACCGUCUUCUGCUCACCAUGAGAGGGCGCUUUGCCAGAGAGUCUGAGCCUGUGCGUUCCUCAUUGUUGAUUGAACUCGCGACUAUCCGAACCAGCGCGGAUUCAUCGAGAAUGCCAGAUGAAGAGUAA